UUAAAAUAUAAAUUGGAAUUAAAUCUACAAUUAGAACAACUACCCAUACAAUUAGAAUCCAAUGAAGUUCGACUUAAAGUUUUACCAAUCGAACUUUCAUAUUCGAGAAUUGCUAGAUUUGAAUCAACAAAAAUAUUUGGUUAUACAGAUUUAAUAUCUAAUCUUGGAGGUUUCUACGGUGCUAUAGUUGGAAUUUUUUGUUUAUUUUUUGGAAUGCAAAAGCAUGAACCAUGGGGUUUGGCACAAAAAUACCUUUUUUCUUGCUCGUAUUGUAGAAAAAGUUUAAAGAGAAAUUUUGCAAGAAAAUAUGUUUCAUCCUCUGGUAUUCCAUUAGUUGAAAAAGUUAAUAAAAGACCCGAGGGAUCUUCUUUAGAGGAAAGGGUUCAAAUUUUGGAAACUUUAUUACGAGAUUAUUAUUUAGAUGAUUAUUAUCUUAAGAAAGUUAAAGAUGUUAGAACUAAACGUAAAAGUCUCCUUAAAAAAUACAAAGAAAUCAACAGACAAGAUAAUGAAAAUACAGAAAAUACAGAAUUUAACUCUUUAGUUUAAU